UUGCAGUCAGUUCCGUUGUAUAAUCAUGUCAGUUAAUAGGUAUUUUUCUGAAUAUACUUGUAUUGUCUCAGCGCAAUCGCCACUAGCCCCAGCAUCGUUCUCGCCCGCGGCCGUGUCACCGGAGCCGCCGCCCGCGCCGCCCCCGCCGAUGGCUCCUCCCGCCCCCCCAGCGCCCGCACACGCCGCGCCUCCUGCGCCUCACACGAUGAUGAGUUGGGAAGUUGAGGAGUGUGAUGCUGAGAGUAUGUCGAGUGCGCGUGUGCAGGGAGACGAGGAUAUGAUGGGGGAGGCGUGGAGCGGCAGCGUGCGGCGGCCGCCGCGCUCACCGAGUCCGCUGCUGCCCGCUAUCUGAGCCCGCUCGCCUGAGUCGCACGCGCCGUACGUGCCGUACGUGCCGCACACGCCGCACGCGACGCACGCGUCGGACGCGCAGCGCUCACCGCACCCGCCGCCGGCCCGCGCCCUCAUGCCCGACAUAUCCUACAUAUGGCCGUAGUAGGCGUCCAUUACGUAAUGCUGUAAAUAUACCUAAAUACAUUAAAUUCAUCACAUUGUACAUAAAAAGUUCUAUCUGUGUCAGUAGUCGUGAAGUUCUAACAUUAUUGAUGUAUAGAAAGGGUACUAAUACAUAUUACGACAGGAUAUUCUAUAAGAUACUUUUAAAUAUACUUGUUAGAUUGUGGUACGUUGUGAAAAUACUAAAUAAAUUAACUGGAACACUUAAUGUUAGGUUUUGAAUGUACAUUGUGGUAAUUUCAAUUUCACUCUAUAGUGUAAGUCUAUCUAGAAAGCUCAAUUCUAAAUAAAUGAGAUAGUAGAAAGUAUACUUCUGAAGGCGCACCUGCAUACUUAUACUCUGUAGUGUCCCUAUCACGAUGUGCGUAAAAACAAAAUAAUAUAUUUUUGUGGAGAUAAUUAGAAAAAAUAAAUUCCUGUUGAUGGAACACCAAGUAGAUAGG